AUGAAGGUUCUCGAUAUCGGGUGCGGUUUCGGUUCUUUGGCAAAAUAUAUGGCGGAUAAUUGCGGCGCGGAUGUCGUGGCCUUCACCAAUUCUGUCGGGAUGGGGGAAGAAGCUCGAAAUCGGUGCAAAGGGAGUAACGUUAAAAUUCAGGUCUGCGAUUGGAGGGACAUUCAAGGAAAAUAUGACAGGAUUUCGAGCAUUAAAAUGAUCGAGCAUGUUGGCGGUAACAAUUGGACAGAAUUUUUCAAGAAGCUGGAUUCUCUCUUAAACGAAGGGGGGAAGGUGUUUCUUCAAUCCAAUACUGCCGAUGCACAAAUUCCACAAGUAUUUGACUUUAUGAAUCGAUACGUUUUUGGAGCCUUCCACACCCCACAACUCAAGCAAAUUGUAGCACAUUCGGAUUGUCUUGAACUAAAAAAGGUUUUAAACUGCAGAACCCACGCGAUAAGAUUUAGCACAUCAAUGGUGGAGAAGGUUGAAGAAAAUUAUGACAAAAUGGUGGAAUUAGUUGGGAUUCAAGUGGCAAGGAGCAUUUUCCUUACCUUUUGCUUUAUGCAAUGUUUUCAAAUCCUUGGCAACUUUAGUGUGCAUCGGAUAAUAUUCGUCAAAAAGGAGAAAACAGGUGUCGAAAUUUGCAAUUCAAAUAAUGCUAUUAGGGGUAAUUCUUGUACUGACCCUCUUCUUGAAAAGGAUAAAUCUUUAUCGAUAAAUGUUUAA